UAGCGCGCCGGUUUAGCCUUUGUGAUGGAUCCUGGGUACGUUCUAGUAGACGAGCAUAGCUCGGUGGAGGAGAUGAUCCGCCUCAUCUCGAAGCGCGCAAUGAUUAGUGAACCAUUGAACGUACUAAAUCUGGAUGACAUAGUGUCCAAGCAUCGACAUUGGCAGCAAAAUCUUCCGACCGUUGCACCCUUCUACGCGGUGAAAUGUAACAGUCAUCCGGCAAUUCUACGAUUGCUUGUGGCACUCGGUUGCGGUUUUGACUGUGCAUCGCAGGCCGAACUGGAAACGGUAAUCGGUUUGGGCGCAACAUCGGAUCGUAUCGUGUACGCUAAUCCUAACAAAUCCAUCGGAUCGAUCCUGUACGCAAAGCAGACAGCUGUAAAGCGGAUGACGUUCGACGGUUCGGAUGAGUUGGACAAGAUAGCAAAGUAUUUUCCGGAAGCUAAGCUCGUACUACGGAUUCGGUACGAUGCACGUGUGGCUCAGCUGUCACUUGGCCGAAAGUUUGGUUGCGAUCCGGACCGAGAUGCAAAGUCAUUGUUGGAGCAUGCAAAAUCCCUGGGAUUGUGUGUGAUCGGUGUCAGUUUCCACGUGGGCUCGGGCAGCAUGGAUGCAGAGUGUUUCCAUGGAGGCAUAAAAAAAGCGAUGGAAAUCUUCGACCUGGGCAGUUUGAUGGGAAUAGAGAUGUACUUGUUGGACAUUGGUGGAGGUUAUCCUGGAGCAAACAUGGAGCAUUUCGAUCUGUGCACCUAUUACAUCAACAAAGGACUGGAAGAGUUUGUCUACCCACGCGAUAGAAAAGUGACUGUAAUAGCAGAACCUGGCCGAUACUAUGUAGAGUCGGCUGUUACCGCACUAGUGAAUGUGGUGGCAAAAUCGUGCGAAAAGGACGAUACCGGAGCGAUACUCCGAAUUAAAUACUACGUGGAUGACGGACUGUACGACACAUUCGACUGGUGUGACGCGCACACCAAUACACCAAUGGUACAGGAGGAUAAACGUGGCUCGGCGUGCGUACGAUCGGUGAUCUACGGUCGUACCAUGUGCGAGCAUGAUGUAAUUCGUGAGGAAAUUUACUUACCCGAGCAUGAGAUUGGCGAUUGUUUAAUUUUUCCCAACAAAGGCGCUUACGGAAAGUUACUGGGCAGGGGACAUAAUGGGUUCAGUCCGACUAGUGUGAAGGUGUGUCUAACGAGAGCAACGCUUAAUUAUAUGUGUGCGGCAGCAGUCAAAGCAGCGCGUGGAUGAG